AACUGUUCUUCCGCAUCUCAGCUUCUGCUCUCUGGCCCCAUGCUCUGUCUAUGCGACACUAGUCUUUUGUUUUUUGUACGAAGAAAACUUAAAGGAAUCAUCGGGUCGUAGACCCACCGCUCAAUCGUCUAUUGUAGCCAAUAGCACUGUUAUCAUCGACGCAGAAGAAGAACCAACCGUCAAUCCCGCCGGCAAACCGUCCGACUGCCGUAACGGUGGAGGUCGGAUCUAGAACCGUCGAUAAAUAUUGGUUUUGUUGUUAUUUAUUUUCUAUAUUCCAGUUAAGAUACUUCUUCGUCGCCAGUGCGGGUUUCGUGAUGAUAAUGGCUGAUUCCGGUGAUGUUUUCUUCCCCGAAACUUCAUCGAUCAUCCUUUGAGAUCCGACUGGGGAUAUUCCUCUGGUUUUUCUUUCCAGCGUUUUGAAGAGCCACUUAGCAGAAAGGCAUAAUCGGGGUUUUGAAACUAUUGAAUAACCCUUAUUUCCAUCUUCAAGUUAUUCAUGGCUUCGAUUUCAUUUGAACGUUUUCUUUAAAAGAGACUUGAGAAGACAGUUCUAGUUUUGAUGACAAUGACAGGUUCUGGAAAUUGAAAGGCGAGGGGUUUCUACUGGGAAGUUGGGAAAUUCUAGGAAAGAGUACUUUAACUGGUUUUUAAGAAAUUUGGUUGUCGUCAUGCAUAGCUGGAGAAAUUAUCUCAACGUGUAGGUGCAGUUGAACCAUGGAAUAUCUUCGUUGUGUUUGAGAUCGACUAAAAUUCAUCAGUUAAUCAGGAGUCCUGUUAUUGAUGGUAACUGGUGCUUCCAUAAGUCAAUUAGACUGAACUAUUUUAGACAUCUUCCGAUGAAACCUUGUGAUGGUCUAUGAUUUGGUAUUGGUUCCAUUUCCAAGAGGUACAAGAUGUUCGAUUGUGGUUACAAGUCACAACUUAUAUCUGGCCAGAGAGAGAAAUUUUUAAGGUAUAAAAUGCUGGAUGAUCUGGAUUCUAGGUUAUCGUCAUCAUCUGAUGCGGGAGGAUUGAACAGAUGUGGGUUUAACAUUGAGGGGUUGGGUUGUGCUGGUCGUGCAACUGAUACUCCAUCAAAAUCCUUCAAGAUGGGAAUGAGAAAGGGGUCUGAAGGACUUAAAUCACUUGGUCGAUCACUUCGGUUUGGGGUUUCUCGUGCAGUAUUUCCAGAAGAUCUUAAAGUGUCAGAGAAGAAGAUAUUUGACCCUCAAGAUAAAUUCCUCCAGAUAUGGAAUAGGCUCUUUGUCAUAUCAUGUAUUCUUGCAGUAUCAGUGGAUCCUUUAUUUUUUUAUCUCCCAGUUAUCAAUAGUGAUUCAACCUGUUUGAGUAUAGAUCGAAAGUUAGCAAUUACAGUGACAACACUGCGGACAAUUAUUGAUGCCUUCUAUGUUAUUCACAUGGCUCUCCAAUUCCGCACAGCUUACAUUGCACCAUCAUCUCGGGUUUUUGGUCGAGGUGAACUUGUGAUAGAUCCUGCACAAAUAGCUAAGCGAUAUUUGCGAUGGUAUUUUAUUGUUGAUUUUCUUGCUGUGCUACCAAUACCACAGAUUGUAGUUUGGAAGUUUCUUCAAAAAUCAGAUGUUCUGGCUACAAAACAGGCACUGCUUUUUAUCGUGAUGCUUCAAUACAUACCUAGGUUUUACCGAAUCCUACCCUUGACUUCAGAAUUGAAAAGGACUGCUGGUGUAUUUGCUGAAUCUGCUUUUGCUGGUGCUGCAUACUAUUUGCUGUGGUAUAUGCUUGCUAGUCAUAUAGUUGGAGCUUUCUGGUACUUGUUAGCUGUUGAGCGCAAUGAUGCUUGCUGGCAGGAAGCUUGUACUGAAUCAAAUGCCAUAAAAUGUGAUACAAAUUACUUGUAUUGUGGUAAUUGGAAUGGGCCAAGUUACAGUAACUGGCUUACCGUCAGUAAGGCUGUUCUUAGCAAUAAAUGCCCUGCAGAGGGUGAUAAUCCACCUUUUGAUUUUGGAAUCUACCAACAGGCUUUGUCCUCUGGAAUUGUUAAAUCCAAGAAAUUCCUGUCUAAAUACUGUUACUGUUUGUGGUGGGGGCUACAAAACUUGAGCACUCUUGGCCAGGGCCUAGAAACUAGUACGUAUCCUGGAGAGGUUAUCUUUUCCAUUGCACUGGCUAUUCUUGGACUUAUCCUAUUUGCGCUUCUGAUUGGUAACAUGCAGACGUAUCUUCAAUCUCUUACAAUUCGGCUUGAGGAGAUGAGAAUCAAAAGGCGUGAUUCAGAACAGUGGAUGCAUCAUCGAUUGCUGCCACAAGAUCUGCGUGAGCGAGUUAGACGGUAUGAUCAGUACAAAUGGUUAGAAACACGAGGGGUGGAUGAAGAGAAUUUGGUUCAGAGCCUACCAAAGGACCUUAGGAGAGAUAUCAAACGGCAUCUUUGCUUGGCUUUAGUUAGAAGGGUACCCUUGUUUGAGAAAAUGGAUGAGCGAUUGCUAGAUGCCAUUUGUGAGCGGCUGAAACCAAGUUUGUACACUGAGAGAACUUACAUCGUCCGGGAAGGUGAUCCAGUGGAUGAGAUGCUCUUUAUCAUACGCGGUCGCCUGGAGAGUGUGACUACCGAUGGUGGGAGGAGUGGGUUUUUUAACCGUAGUCUACUGAAGGAGGGAGAUUUCUGUGGAGAGGAGCUCUUAACCUGGGCAUUGGAUCCCAAGUCUGGUUCUAACCUCCCAUCCUCUACCCGUACAGUCAAGGCUUUGACAGAGGUGGAGGCUUUUGCCUUGAUAGCAGAAGAGUUGAAAUUUGUUGCUAGUCAGUUUAGACGCCUUCACAGCAGACAAGUUCAGCACACUUUCCGUUUCUACUCACAGCAAUGGAGGACAUGGGCUGCCUGCUUUAUACAAGCAGCAUGGCGUCGUUAUACCAAGAGAAAACUUGCAGAGCUUCGACGUAAAGAUGAAGAGUCAGAUGGGGCGGGUAGUGAGAGUGCUACUGCUGUGGGUUCAACCAGUCUUGGUGCGACAAUUUUUGCAUCCCGUUUUGCAGCUAACGCUAUGCGAGGGGUCCAUAGACUUCGAAAUUCAAAGGGUACCAGAGAAUUAGUGAAGCUGCAGAAGCCUCCGGAACCUGACUUCAGUGCUGAUGACGCAGAUUGAACUGUUGUGAAACGAUGAAGACAGUUGACAAUGUUUCACCUGUCCUUUCAUGGGGCUUAAUAUGUAAACAGUAAACCUGGUCAAGUUUCAAUUAGAUUUGAUUAAUAUGGCCUAGAUGAUAUUGGCAACUUGUAUAUGUGGAGCUUGUGGUUCUGGUCAACCUACAUGCUAUGCUGUAACCAAGAGGGACGGAUGUUCCUAACUUCCUGCAA